GCAGGUAUUCUUUUUAUAUGAUUUUCGCUUGCAAAUCCAUUAAAGUUUUUCAGUGCGAUCCACAAACGCUUUCUGGCGUGUAUAAUGCAAAUGCAGAAUUGGUCGAGGUAAGUCGUAAAAGUGCAGCAAAAAUCGGAUACAGUUGAACGACUUCCAGUUCCUCGUUCUGGACAAAAGGAGGGAAGAGUAUUCCUGAUGGCAUCUUAAACCGCUCUGAGGAGCAAACGAGAUAGUUUAUCGUCGCGGGUAUAAACGGUCCGCUCUCCUCUCGACAAGGCCGCGGAAAUUGUACGCUCGAAAGCACGCAUUGUACAUCACUGGUUUUCUUUCGAGUCACACCCCGCGGUGGUUUCUGUCGCGAAACCGAAAAAGUCGACGCCGAACCUACCCGAACGCAUUAAGAAAGCCAGUGACACUUUCCUCGUGAUUAUACGCUGUUCAAACGGACCCAAUUAAUCGGGGAGGAACAUUGGUAUGGAUAAGGGCAUUCCGGUGUUAUCGAUUACAUUUAGUUCGGAAGUUGAUACGAUCCUACGUUAUUCUACAUGGGAAUAGUUCCUGGAUUAUAGAGAAAUUUUCGUAUCAUAUAACAUGUCGUACAUGUAAUCGCCAGCGGAACACUAACUCGAUAGUUCUGCUACGACCGUCCCAGCGUUCGUUUCAGAAGUCCUAAUCGGUUUAAACCUGUCUGCAACUAAACCGAGUCAAUUAUGCCGUCAACUCUCUGGAUCCUGAUACAUGCUAAUUUAUAAUCCAAAUUUGAUAACGUCGACUCGGACCCAAUUUCCAAUUCAUGAAACAAUAUUCAAUUAUUCUUUGCAUUCGUUAUCGAUUUUUAAUUAUGCACAACGUAUGACUUGAUUAUUUCACCAGCUUCUUACAAAUGAGUACAAAUUUUCGCCUCUAUAAAGUUUUAAUUAGUUUAAAAAAAAACCGACAUCCGACGUCGGACGUCAUUUCGCAAAUGAACUUUCGGUACAAAUAGCCGGUUCGCUUCGAUUGCCGUCCACCCGCUCGGAAUCGAUGAAAAACCGAGCUGACUACCGCCACCACGCCGCUCCGGUUGAUGCGCCAAAAAGGAAACACCGGGAUCCAUUCGUUUCGCUCGUCUAGACCAACCGACACUCGACAUUUGUUUAAUUUACCUCGACGGGGGAGGUUCCCGUCGAGAUACAGCGCGAAAGCACGCACAGGCUCGACAACAAGAACGUCGACAACGGAAAUUAUUGUCGUCUCGGCGCAGUGGAACAUUCAUGCGCAAAUAGAUUUAACAUAAAUAGAUUUAACCCAUUUGCUGUUUAAUCUCGUUUGCGCCGAUGACAUUAAACGAAACACGAGAACUGCGAAGGAGAUAAUCAAAUUUUGUGAAAUACACUGAUAUUAUGGUGCUCAUAACGAGUCAUCGAAAUUGCUGUCAUGAUCUCUAACGCGAUAGUGACUCUGUUGGGUGUCGAUCUCGGACUGGUCGUCGGUUGGACAUCGCCCUAUCUAGCUAAACUGACCAACAACGAAUCCGUGUUGCAAAUAACGAAUGAUGAAGCAUCAUGGGUAGUUUCCUUGGUUCCGUUCGGGCGACUCUUCGGUGCCGUUAUCGGUUCCAUGGCGAUGGAAUAUUACGGUAGCAAGAAGUCCCUAUUAGCUACGGGACUAUCUCUCAUAAUAGGCUGGAUUGGCAUAAUAUUCGCCAAUUCUGCUGCUUGGUUAUACGUGUCAAGAUUCUCUUCUGGGAUAUCACUGGGAAUGUUUUACAGCUGCUUCGCCCUUUACAUGGGUGAAAUAGCAUCGCCUAAUAUACGCGGAGCUCUGGUCAGCACAAUUAUAAAUGGAUUACCGUUGGGGACAUUAAUCGGGAACAUAAUGGGUCCUUACAUGUCGAUGAUGUGUUUCGGGAUCAUAAGCCUAGUUGUGAACGUCUGCUUUAUAGUGGUAUUCCCGUUUCUCCCACAGUCGCCGCAUUAUUACGUGCGCCGGGAGAACUCGGUGGAGGCAAAAAAGGCAAUACAGUGGUAUCAGAGAAAAUCAAACGUGAACGUGGAGUUAGAAAUGAUAGAAGAUUUCGUGCGAUCCUCUAAGUCUUUGAACUUUCGCGACAAACUGCGCCAAAUCGUACAAAAGAAAAACAGACGCGUGUUCUCGAUAAUCAUAUUUCUGUUCAUUUUCAUGCAAAUGAGCGGAAUGAACACCAUCGUAUUCUAUAUGGAGAUCAUCGUCAGAAACGCGAAGGUGACGUCGAUCGACCCGGCCGCCGUUGUCAUGAUCUCUAACGCGAUAGGUAUAGUCGUCGGCUGGAUCAGCGUCUAUUGCAUCGAUCGUUGCGGCCGGAGGAUUCUCCUAGCGGUGUCUAGCGCGUGUUUGGUCCUCGCGACGCUGCUUCUGGGAUUGCAUUUCAUGCUGCUUGAUCUAAAUUACGAUCCGAAAAAUUUCGAAUGGCUACCCAUUCUGGCGAUGAUACUUUACAUGUUGAUGUUCAUCGGUUUGGUACCAGUACCGAGCACGUUGCUCAGCGAGAUGUUUCCGGAUGAUUUAAAGAGCAUCGCGGGAUUCACGGCCGGCAUCUCUUCUGGCUUGUUCGCGUUCAUUUCUAGCCGAACUUAUCAACCAAUGGUCGAUCUUAUGUCCGAGAAAUACGUGUUCUGGUUGUACGCAAUAAUCAUGACCGUGUGCUUCUUUUAUUGUCUCAUAGCCGUGCCGGAAACCAAAGGAAAAACGUUGCAGGAAAUACAAGAUAUGCUGGCUGCGAUGGACGAGCAAGAGAAACCAAAUUUGGAGACAAAAACCAAAUGCGAUAGCAAACAUUAAGAUGCAAUUAAUGUAUUGUAAGAAAUCAACGAUCUCAUUAACUAUUAAAUAAAUGUUCUAUAAAUA